AUGAAUCAAGUUUUGAUUUUAAAAGCUGAUACUUGUUCAGGAAAGAGUACACAAACAAUUCAAUAUCUAUGCGAUGCGAAUUUUGCUGACGAAAAAAAAAUCAUAUGUACGCAACCGCAUAAAUUAGCAACUCUAUCUUUAGCGGCACGAGUAGCCGAAGAAUAUGGAUGGAAGAUCGGUGAAGAAGUUGCUUUCCAAGUAGCCGGUGAUCAACCUACAACUUCGAAUGGAACUAAAAUAAAAUUCGUUACUGAUGCACUCUUUCUCAAUGAAUAUCAAAACAGUCCAACGUUAGAACAGUACUCAGUCGUCAUUGUGGAUGAAGCACACGAACGAGGAGUCGAUACCGACAUUGUGCUAGCAUUAAUGAAACAGUGUUUGAGAAAAAGCAAAGAUUUAAAGCUAAUUGUCAUGUCUGGUACGUUAGGCACAUGUCUUAUUUAUGACUAUUUUGCAAGUGAUUUUACAUGUGAAACAUUAGAAGUUGGUGGUGCGGAUGACAUCGGUGAUAUCUUAGUGUUUUUAGCUGAUGAAGAUGAAAUUGACUUAGCUUUAACUGACUUGAAUAAGCAAUUGGAAUAUGAUAGAUCAUACAUAGGUUUACCAUUGCAUGGAAAAUUGUCUGAAAAAGAAAUUGCACGAAUAUUUGAAGCGAUGCCUAAUAAACGUAAAAUCAUUUUCAGCACCAAUGUAGCAGAAUCUUCAGUUGCUAUAGAUGGAAUUAAGUAUGUUGUAGAAAGUGGAAUGGUAAAAGAACAAAUGUGGGAUGAAAAACGAAAAAUUACAGUAGUAAAGUUUCAAAAAACUACAAAAAAUUCUGUUGAACAACGACGUGGAAGAGCUGGAAGAACAUCGGAUGGAAAGUGCUAUCAUUUAUACACAGUAGAAACUUACGAAGCCAUGGAAGAAUGUUCACGAGCAGAAAUUCUAUGUGCACUGCCAGCAAUCACUAUAUUAAAAUUAAAGAGUUUAAACAUUGAUCGUAUCGAGUCAUUUGAAUGGCUUCAGUCACCACCGAUUUCUAAUUUACAAGAUGCUAAUCAAUUAUUGAUUUGGUUGAAUGCAGUUGAUUCACGAGGCGAAUUGACUCAGCUUGGUAGAAAUAUGGCACGACUCGACAUUGAUCCGAAACUAACAGCCAUGCUAUACAAGGCACAAGAACUCGAUUGUCUAUUGUAUGCACUGGUUCUAGCUGGGAUGCUAACUGUAUCACGGAAUAUUUGGUUGAUUAGUGAAGAUCAGGAUUUCAGAGUCAUGUUUUCACGAGCACGUGCGGCAUUCAGCCACGAAAGUGGUGAUCAUAUUACAUUAAUUAAUAUAUAUUUAAAAUGGAGUUUUUAUUGUGCUAAAAAUACAAAAAAAAGACAACAACAUGAAUGGUGUAAAAAUAACUGUAUUAAUGGAAACGCAUUACAAAUGGCUCACGAAUUUAUUACCGAGAAAGCCAAACAGAUGGGCUAUGAAAUAGAAAUUCUCGAUAGUGAAGAUUUAAAUGACAAUGUAAUUAAUCAUCUUUUAAAAUGUAUAACAGCUGGUCAUUUUAUGAAUUUAGCUGUGUCAAAUGGGCCAAUGAAACCGGGCUAUAAAAUUAUUUCUGCUUUCUCGCAAACGACUGAGGAAUCAGUAGUAGCACGUACAUUUCAUACAUCGACUUUGUCGUUAAAUGAUCAAAACCCAACAUAUGUUUUAUUUAAUGAAUUAUUAAAUCUUCAUGGAACGAAUUAUCUCGCAGUAUUAUCUUCAAUUGAUCUCAAUUGGUUAAAAUCUGUUUCAGAAGAUUGGUAUAAAGCUGUAAAUGGAGCUAGUUUACAUACGAUUUCUCAUGAAAGCUUUACAUUCGAAAAUAUAGGAGCUGGCCUAUUGCAAGUAAUCGUCGGCAAACAUUCUUGUCAUGUGAAUAAACUUGAAGAUAUCACUCAAGCCACUAUUGGUAUUGAUGAUAAAAAAUCAAACUUAACAAUAUAUUCACGUCCAGCUAAUUUAAAUAAAGCAAAGAAAAUCGUUCAAGAAAUUAUUCAGAAGGAAAAACAAAAAUCACUGUUAGAAACAGAAGAAAUGACCAUUGUAGGAAGAACUCGAAUUUUAAUGGGCGCAGGGGGUGUUAGUCAAAUGAUUCUAUUCGCAGGUGAGUAUCUUAGAAUCACCAUCGAAAAACUACCGUCAAGAAUAACAGAAGAACGAAUUAAAACGUUGUGUGAACCAUUCGGAGAGAUUCGUAAAAUUGAUUUUAUUCGGAAAGGUGAGCAUAGUUCGUGUGUUGCAGUCACGUAUGCAAAAGUCGAACAAGCACAUUCUGCUUUCUGUGGAUUAAAUGGUUACAUUGAACAAGGCCGUGAAAUAGUCGUAACUGAUUCAUCUAUAUGGUAUCUGACAAAGUCCACUGGUAACGGAAGGAUUAUUUUUGAAAAAGACAACAGUGCACGUGAUGCUCAUAAACUAUUUAGACGAUUGGGUUAUGAAUGUCGUUAUGAGCAUUUAACUAAUUUACCCAAACUAAAAGUUACUUAUUAUCUUCUUGAAAGUAAUCGAAAAGCUUUCGUAAAUUUUCAAUCAUCCGAUGAUGCACAAAAUGUUUGUGGCCAAAUACAUCGUCCAGAGACGUUUAAAAUUAUAAAAAAUAAACAAAAUCAUCGAGCAUCGCUCCUAUUAGAAGGCUUUUCAAAAGACGACGAUGACGAAGAUCUACGCAGUCGUUUUGAAGAUUGCGAUGGUUUCGUUGGUGUGCAGGUUUUACGCGGAAGAAAAGAGCAAAUAUUUGCAAGACCUGCUUCGGCAGAAGAAGAUAUUAAAGCAAUGUUUAAUCCUUAUACAUCAUUUCAACGAGAUACAAUAUCAUUUAACAGAAAAAUUUUCAAUGGUAAAGUAGAAGCUUUUGUUGAGUUUUUAGAAUCAGCAGAAUUAAAACAAGCAGUUGAAGAAAUGAAUGGAAAAAAAGAUAUUAUCGGUCGUGGUAAAGUAAGAUUAUCGGAGUCAGUUCAACAAAGGAGUGACGAAAUUAAGACGAAGAAAGAAAAUGAAUAUGUUGUUUAUUUUCAACAUCUCGAUCUGUCACUUGAUAAAUAUGAUCUUAUUAAAAUUCUGAAAGAAAAUCAAUUGUAUGAUGAUGUAAAAAAUGCGGUAGUUUAUCGGCAAAAAAUGAAAAAUGAAAAUUCGACAGCAGCGAUGACCAACAAAGCUGACUCUGACGUAGAAUUUGCAUUAGCGAGUCUUCGUUCUAUGUUUCUUAGUACAGCAGGUUUAUUUCGAUCAAUACCUGACUAUCAGAUAUCAUCACACACACCCGAUGGAACUGUCACAGCAUUGAUCCUUUUCAAUGAUCCAAUCGAUGUAACAACAGUUAUACAAACCUAUGAUAACCAAGUAAUUCGACUAUUUAAAAAUUCAAGUAAACUACAUCUUCUUCCUCCAAUUGCACACGAAAUAUUUAUUAAUGUAGCUGUGAGAAAAGCUAUUCCUAAUAAGAUUCAAGAAGCUAUUCAAUAUGUUCGCGAGAAAUUCUAUGUAAAAACAGUAAAUUCUCUUGUGAUUGGAAAGCUUGGAGAUCAAAUUCUUUUUGAACUUCAGGCUGAAUAG